GCUGAGCUGGUUAAUCCGUACCCGUUUACCGAGCUCCCCACAUUUCAUGCGAGUAGUCUCCAGACAUCACGAGGAAACUGUAGGAAACGAACAACAUGACAUUUAACGGCGCGGGAGACGCACGGAACUACGUUUCGAGCCACCCGGAGAUCGCCGAGACCGCUCGACAAAUUCCGUUCCUUGAUCCCGCAACGGUGACAUCAAGAAUUUUCUCUGUGCGGAACGUCUUCAAACGAAAAGGCGUUGACAUCGCAAAAUCCUGUUCCAGGAAUGCUGAGGCAGGAUACUGGUUGCUUGAGCACGUGACACUCUGCAAUCGAAUCUUAUUUUCCGUUGAUGUUCAGCUCCACGAAAGUAAGCCAGGAGAGCUGAAUGUCUCCCGAAUACCGUCAAAUGAUUGCACCUUAUUAUCUGAGGUUGCGUUGCUGGACUCUCUGUUCCUGAUCUGCUGGCUCGUGAAACAACACCCCUGCAUACAACGAAUAGAUCUGUACGAAACAAGCCUAUUUGUCCACUUCCCGACGGCCCUUAAACUUGCCCUCGUACACGGCUCUAACAUUAAAAGCGUCAAAGCAGGCACCCGAAAGGUAUGCGCACACCACAACGUGUUUCUUGAAGGCAUCAGACCCGAGAGCAUGCUAGAGCAUUUUAAAGCACGCUACCUCAAGCUGGAUAUCGAGUCCGCGUCACGACUCUCGGAAGGACUCAAGAGGUCACCGCAGUUGAAAUCUGUUGUCCUACACUACUGUGGCGUCAGCAAAGAGGGGAUGAAGCUCCUGUUGAAAGCACUUCAGCAGUGCAACCACUUGACGUCUCUGCAAAUCCGUGAUUACAGCUUCAAGAAAGCUGCCGCUGUGCAUCUGGCGGAAAUUGUAAAACGCAACAGAUACCUGAAGGACCUCUUUCUCUAUCACACGCCUGACGAUGUAUUGGAAAUUAUCGCGAUUGCGCUCAGAGAGAACAGUUUGAUCGAGGAUUUGAAAAUAAAUGAAUCUAAUGAUAGUGCUCGUAGUAUGCCCCACAUUUCUGAUGCCUUGAAGACGAACGGGACAAUAAGAACGCUCGAGCUUAAUAACUGUGGUGUGGGGGAAACUCGGUUCAGUUUGCUCAGGCUCUCAAAGUGA